AUGUACCGCAUUAUAGGGAACAACAUGCCGCCGUUGCAGUGCCCUAGCCAGCUCCUCUGGAACACCCAGUACGCGUUGCGGCACGAGGGCGAGUUGGAGGGGUGUGAGAAGCGGUGGGUGAUAAACCAGAUAGUGAACCGCACGGAGCGGGCGCUGCUCAUAGACUCGCUGCUGGCGCACGGCUACUCGCUCAACCACAUCCUCAUCCGCCGCCUCAACCUCUCCAAGAUAUCGCAGUACCCGAGGGAGCAGUGGCUGGACGUGGUGACGGCGCAGAACGAGGCGCGCAACGCCGCCAUCGACGACGGUGUGAGGGCGGGGGCGCGGUGGAUCCUGCCGCUGGACGGCAACCACUUCAUCACCCAGGAGGCCUGGGCUGCUAUCCGCCGGUCCGCGGAGCAGGCGGAGAGCAAGGGGUACAUGUACUUCAAGGUGCCAGUGCAUCGGCUGCACGCGGAGCAGAAGCCAGCAUGGCUGCACGCCAAUUCCACCUUCACCACCAUCCGCCGCUACAUCCCCCAGAUGAUUGAGAGCCAGCUCGCCUUCCGCAAUGAUGCUCCUGAGCGAUUCAAGGCUGGCAUGGUGUAUGGCAUGCAGAACAAGCUGGAGCUGCUGCAGCGUGCGUGUGGCGUGGCAGGGGAGGCGGGGUACAAGGUGCAGUGUGGGUGCGCCGACCUGGGCAAGGAGGGGCAGCUGCACCCCUCCGACCCCACCAUUGCUGCCACCUGCGGCUACUCCCUGCGCCUCUGGUUCUUCCCCUGCAACGGCACAGAGCCCGACAAGGAUCUCGCAUGA